AUGCCACCUAAACGAAAGCACAGCGAGGUGGAGGAGAAUGUCACCUUCAAAUUCACGCAAUUUGGCAUUGUUCCUCCAAUCAAUCAAAAAAACUUUUCUACAGAAUACAUGAAACGAGACCACCAGAUGUUAAUUUGGCGGGAUGAAGUUCACGAGAAGAAUCACAAAGAGACCGAAAGCGAGGCCGCCAGCGUUGUUGACAAGGAAGAACGACGAGAUGAGGACGAGGAUGAGGAAGAAAAUGCAGCGAAAAAUGCUACAACAGUUGUAAUUCAUAUCGGUUCAAGAAAUCUUCGACUCGGGUUCGCCGUCGAUGGAGCCCCGAAAGUUGUACCCAUGGUUGUUGCAAGAAGAUUUCGCCCUGCUAGACGGCAUCCACGGCACGCUCCCAAGGAGCAGACAACAAAAGACGAAUCCGGAAAUAUAGUCUUCGACAAAGAGCGACUCAAAAUGCAAAAAAAGCGGUUUAUGACGAAUGGUCUGGAGUUGGUUCACGCUUACAACGAAACGUCGAAGCCGGAAGUCAUUGCCGAACAUGACGAUCCAAAUCCGGUGCAAUGGAUCGAGCCUACAAAAGAUGUAUACGUUGGUGAUGAGGCACUUCGUCUUGCCUCUAACGAUUACACGCUUCUUUGGCCCAUUCAACAUGGACUGUUCAAUGAAGCAGAUUACGAUUCUCCGCAACAACUGCUGGCAGAUUUGCUGGAGAUUUUCCGGUAUGCAAUGACCAAGGUACUUGAGGUGCCCGAAACUUCGCUGCCACAAUACUCUGCCAUCUUUAUUGUACCAGACCUAUACGAUCGCGUGUAUGUACAAGAGGUGAUCACACUACUGCUUCAUGAAUUACACUUUGGUCGACUAUCUGUGGUGCAGGAGUCACUCUGCACAUCGUUUGGUGCAGGCAUGUCAACAGCGUGCAUCGUUGAUGUUGGUGCCCAACGCACAUCAGUCAGCUGCGUGGACGAGGGCGUUGUAAUUGCCAAUUCACGAAUAAACCUGCACUACGGAGGAGAUGACUUGACUAUACUUUUAAUGAAGCUUCUGACUCGCAACCAGUUCCCGCUGCCGCAACUUGACCUCUCACGACCUUCGGACUGGAGUAUGGCGGAAUCAAUUAAGACACAGUACUGCACAGUCAAUGAGGCCAACUGCACCGUGCAGUUGUGCGAGGCUUAUGUGCGUGAGAUGCACGAACCGCCGCGAAAACUGUCGUUCAAGGUGCUGGACGAGACAAUGAUGACGCCCAUGGGUUACUUCCGACCCGAUAUAUUUGAAAGUGAAAACAAACUUGUUGGGCGACACACACUGUUUGCCCAAUCCGUCGAUUUAUACGAUGGUCAGCCAAACAAUCCCGAAAGCCUUGCUGAAACAACUCUGCUGCAAGUUAGCAAACCCAUUGAAGCUCCGCGAUCGCUUUCUGAGACCGACAGUUCAAAGGCGCAGCCGCCAACCUCUGUCCGGGAUGUUCGUAAUCGGCCUCGGAUUGUUAACUGUGGUACGCUGGAUGCCCCGGAAUUCGUGUCUGAACGACUUGUGUACCCGUUAGACGAUGCGGUGAACCAAAGUAUCUUCAAUGCAUGUGACGGCAACCUGAACGACGAUCACGCCAAAGAGCUUUAUUCCAGCAUCCUUGUUGUUGGGGGUGGGGGGCAUUUGCCUGGAUUUGGACGAUUGCUGGAAGAGCGUUUGAAGUCAAAACGUGCAAAUAUCCCCGGUAUAGCCGUCAUUCCUCCUCCCCGUCAAAAAGAUGGACGAGACCUUUCCUGGAGAGGAGGCUGUAUCUACAAUCGUAUAAAGAUAAACUCGGAAUUCUGGAUUAAGGAACGCGACUGGAUGACCCUUGGAUUGCGUGUGCUACAAUACAAAACACUUGGUUAUUUCUGGUCUGGAUAA